AUGCUUGAUAAUUGGUACAACUCUUACCUUAUUAGAUAGUGAUUCUAUUAGAAAAGGCUUAUUAUAUACUCCAACAAUGGGAGAACAUAUUGAGGAUGAGGUUGUGGUGUCUUUUGAAUAGAAAAGAGGAAUAAAUUAUCAGCAUGAAUACAUGAGACUCUAUAUUGCUAAUGUUGUGUUAACUCAAUAACUUAAAGAGCUUCUCUAAGAGAAAGGAGAUUUAAUUUAAAAAAUAAAUAGAUUUGAAGUAUCAAUACAUUCUUAUUAUUAAAUAGGAAGUAGAAAUUUGCAAGACCAAUUAUAGAAAGCAAGAUUAUGAAGAAUUAAAGAAAAUAGAUUAACCUAUCAAAAAAUAAAUAGGUAUCUCAUCCAUAUUUAUCAUUAGUGUAGAUGGUUCAACUAAACAUAAUGAUGAAAAUGUAGUUCACAAUCAUCAAUAUUAAACUAGAAAAUUAAUUAAAAAAAAUUGA